GCUAUAGACGGAAUUUUUCCAAAUAAUCUUGUUUUAAAGCUGCAAUUACAAAAAAGAUUUAGAAAAUAGAAAAUGGCUGUCCUUUUCGAGCCCUUGUUCAAGCGUUGCAAUUAAAAGCAUUGUUGGACAGAAUAAUCAUAAACAUUUCUAUUUUUCCAAAGUUUUCCAGCACGCAACUUUAUAUUCCUUUUUGGAGCAACCUAACCGCCUUCACUUUUCCCUUGUCGCUCACUGGACUAUGAGCCUCAUUGCAGGUUUUGACGGGGAGGGGGAAGAACCUCAUGAGUAGAUUCCCCCGGGACUUUUGCAACGGGAGAUCGCGGCAAAAAAGGCCGAGAGCGCCCGCUUCGUCGCAAGCGAACCCUCGUUUCUCUGCGGAGUGAUCCCAGCCAGGAACAAUCUCUUGGAGCAACAGUGUCAUUUAGAGCAUCAAGCAAAGCAGAACAAUCCGUGAUUUACAUUGUGUUCGAUAGAGUUUCAACGAUUGCACGUAACAUAAGUGCUUCAAAAGGUCCGAUUGUUUUUAAGGUGAACAAGUGUGCUUGAAUGAGGAACACAACAAAUGUGAUGAAUAAAGAAAGAUCCACUUGGCUUCGUGACGAUUCCGUGAACAAAAGGUAAAUAGGACCUCAUGCUCAGGUUUCAUGGCGCCCAAUGUGGGAGGACAGAUAAGUUCCCUUCAGGCCGUCACUAGGGUUUUUGAGUGCGUGAAAGGGCCCUUUGGUAGUGAAUAUGUGUCCUGAAUGAAGACGCGAGCAAUAGAGCCCAUGCCCCCAACAACCUCCGGAAGGUCGGUACUUACGACCACGACUUCCUCCAACUCAUCAAAAAUGAAUGGCCAGGUUCGGAAGCGAGCCUCUUCCGACAUUGAGAUCUCGCAGUCCGAGCCCAGUUAUGCCAGUGGGGUGAGGUCUGAUUUGCUUAAUAAUGCCGUGGUAACGUGGCUCACGUUCCUCCAGAUGGAGCAGUAUGCGGAAGAGUUCAUCGAUAACGGUUACGACGACCUUGAGACGGUAAAGAAAAUCGGCCCUGAAGACCUGGAGGCCAUUGGUGUCACGUCCACCCAUCAUAAGUCCUUCCUAUUGGAUGCUGUCAGGGUACUAAGACAUCAAGGGGCCACUUGGGUCUAUUUGAUCCGGGAUAAAAACCGAGACUCGGGAUUGAUCCCCACGGAUCCUGAAUAUGAUAGUUGUGGCGAACGAGCCUCUGGCGGAAGUUCAGGGAUCGCGUCGGGAAACUCCUCCAGUAUACCAUGGAAUGAUCAGGACUUUUGCAGUGGAGAGAACACGAGUUCCUCCAGUUCAACCUCUUCCAAGCCCAAAAUUUCUACCGUGUCCAAUGGUCGGAUUCGACCGAGUCCAGUCAGUCGAACCCGAUGCCAAGUGGAACUGGAACAACAAAAUCAAAACGCUGGUAGUCCAGCAUCCAUGAGAUCUCGGUCCUUGUUAGAAAUGACUCCUGACCACGUCCGUGUUAUGCCAGGGAAAUCUUUGAACGGUUUGGGCCGAGUGAACCAUAUCCACGAGGAGGAAGACCUUAUUCAGCGUGUGAGUGAUUUAAGUGUGGGAUCCAACAACAAGGACCCCCGUCGCCUUGGCCCUUCAUCGCCAGGGAACUUGGCGGGGUUGAAACUCAUGCUCAAAGAGCGACUAAAGCAAGAAAGUAUCCAGCUGUGCGCUCCACCUUUUACGUCCAAGAAUGGUGAUGAAUACCUCUCGAGUCUGGCCCUUCGAUAUUCCCAAGAGCUCGGCUAUCCCCAGAGUGAGAUCCAGUCUUCCCUGGAGGAAAUCCGAUUCGCUGAUUGGACAAACCAGGCCCAACUCACCAGCUACCAACACACGUAUGCCAAUGUCAUCCGGGACGAACUCCAACGAACCUUCCAGCCCGGGAUUUAUGCGUCUUCCAGUUGCAUCAGUGAUCAGGAAGGGGAAGCCCUGUACGAUUUUGCCAACAAAUAUCAGGGACGAGCCACCCUGAGCUCGAACAAAUCCAAACUCUCCCCCUCAGGUUUCUACGACCUGGCCAAAAAAGUGAUCUGUCGUCGGAAUCAAUCGACGAGUGCGUUCUCCACGCCCAUUAAAUUUAGCCGAAAGCAGAACGCCCUCCAAGACAUGGAUCAGCGUUUCAUGACUCGAACUCGAUUGCGGAAAGGUGGUCCUCCACACACACCUUCAUUGCAACGGCCUCUCUAUGGUGGUUCCCAAGAGGUUCAUUCUAUCUAUGGCACGCCCCUCAUGACUUUGGGGCGGAGGGAUCCACCUGCCGGUUUAGACAUGAGUACCUUCAGGAGCGUGAGCGGUCGGGGAAGCAAUCGUUAUCCUGGGAGUGAUCUUUAUUUUGGCACCAACGGAGGCCCUUCCACACCCCUUGUGAUGCAUAAGACCUCUCCUAAUGGGAGUGUGCCGCCCAUUGGGCGGGUACAAAUGUUUCGGACUCGAGUGGUGUACAAUGAGGCGCGAGGGGAUGUUCUACCUUCGAAAUCGCAAGAAGCCUCGGUGUGAAAUUGGUGGCAAAACAGGGGACAGAAAUCAAAAUUGUGCCAAAAGAAAGGAAGAAAUUGGAUUGAAGAGAAUCAAAAGUUGAGCAACAAUAAAUAUUGUCCAAUUUUUAUGUGCAAUCGAUCUGACCUUGAAGUUGGUUCGCCAUCGUCGUCUGUGAUAUAACCUCCUCUUUGAUGAUCAAUAUUCUUAUGAGCCCAUUGCUAAUCUUCAAUACAAUUCUGCUACCUAAGCCAUCUAUCUAUCUACAUUUAGUUCCAGGUCUCCGAUUGAUAUUAACAUACCCACUUAAAACAGAGAGCUUCUUUUCCUCCCAUUACAAUUAGCAUUAACAUUCAUUGUACGAUGCUUUUCUUCACUCUGAUGAUCUGAUAUUGCUGUUGAGAUGAAUAAAUACAACUUAUACCAG